CGCCUGAUGCGCCUGUAUGGAAUGGUAGGGAAUGAAAGUUCUUUUUCGACGCGUGGAUUUUCGUUGCUAAGAAUGGCUCCGAGAUACGAGUUGGCCGUCGGCCUCAAUAAGGGCCACAAAACAACGAAGAUUCGCGUGUCUAAAAUUAAAAAUAUACCCGCGAAGGAAAGGACCAAGACCGUCUGUGUACGACCAUCUAGGAUAAAAGGAAGACAAACCAAGCACAGCAAGUUUGUAAGGGAUCUGAUCCGAGAAGUCACAGGACAUGCCCCUUAUGAAAAACGUGCUAUGGAAUUACUGAAGGUGUCAAAGGAUAAACGCGCCUUGAAAUUCUUGAAGAGAAGAUUGGGUACACACAUCCGUGCCAAAAGGAAGCGAGAGGAGCUUGGAAAUAUCCUGGUACAGAUGAGGAAAGCAGCUCAUCAUUAAUUAUAUCCGUUAAAAUUGUAAACCAGUAUAUGUAUUUGAAUAAAUCAAUAUUUCAAUCUCGAUACAGAUAAGGUAUAUUAUUCAAGAAUACUCGAUGGUUUUACCAACUUUGAUUCAAAUAAAUUGAGCAAGCACUUGAU